CUCCCAAUGGCUUGAAACCUCGAAGCUAUCAACUAGCAAAAAAACAACAAUUCGUGUCAAAGAAAAAGAUGAUGGUUCACUUUCAGAGGAGAUGCUCUCAAAAAUAUCUAUAACCAAAUCUAAUUCGCAUGCAUCCAAUAAUGAAAAAGAUAUUCCAGAACAUCAAGAAGAAGCCAAGAAUAUCAAAACCCUUCAAAAGAGAAGAAGUCGCUCAACAAAGCUUGACAUUCGGAAGAGCCUCAUUAGAUUAAGAAAGCGUAUCAUGUCUAAGAACACCAUGAAGUUUACCCAGACUCUUAAAAAGAACAGAGGAAACCCUAACAAGUACCUUGGAAGAAGGUCUCAGUACAUUGGGGUGACCAAGAACAAUACAAACUGGCAAGCUCUUAUCAACGUUAAGGGUGCCAAGAAGUACAUCGGCACUUUCUUGCAUGAAGUUGAAGCAGCAAAGGCUUAUGAUUUAUACUCAUUGGCGAUGCAGGGCAAGAAAGCAUCUCUAAACUUUAAUUACACAGGAAAAGAAAUGGCAAAGAUGAUAUCUUAUUUCCUUGCCCAUGGCUCCAUAAAGCCUCUUGAAUAA